CUGCAGGAGAAGCACAGGAUUUUUUAGCUCUCUUGGCAGAAAAAUGAAGCCUCUGCUUGGAACCUUUUAUAUCUUGGGGAUGCUGGUUCCUGGAGGGCUGGGAUAUGAUAGAUCCCUGGCACAACACAGACAAGAAGUUGUGGAUGAGAUAGUGAGUCCAUGGAGGAGCCUGGAGACAUAUUCCUAUAACAGAUACCACCCCAUGGAGGAGAUCUAUCAGUGGAUGAGUCAGAUAAGGGAGAAGUACACAGAAGUGGUGACACAGCAUUUCCUAGGAAUGACCUACGAGAGCCGGCCCAUGUAUUGUCUGAAGAUCAGCCAACCAUCCAAUAACCCCAAGAAGAUUAUUUGGAUGGACUGUGGAAUUCAUGCCAGGGAAUGGAUUGCUCCUGCUUUUUGCCAGUGGUUUGUGAAAGAAAUUCUGCAAAACUAUAAAGACAACUCAAGGAUAAGACGGCUCCUUAAGAACCUGGACUUCUAUGUUCUUCCAGUUCUUAACAUAGAUGGUUACAUCUAUACUUGGACAACUGAUCGGCUUUGGAGGAAAUCCCGUUCGUCCCAUAAUAAUGGCACAUGUUUUGGGACAGAUCUCAAUCGAAAUUUCAAUGCAUCCUGGUGUAGUAUCGGCGCAUCUCACAACUGCCAAGAAUUAACAUUCUGUGGGACAGGACCUGUGUCUGAACCAGAGACAAAAGCUGUUUCCAGCUUUAUAGAGAGCAAGAAGGAGAACAUUGUGUGCUUCCUGACCAUGCACUCUUAUGGGCAGCUCAUCCUCCUGCCUUAUGGCUACACCACAAAUAAACCAAGUAACCACGAAGAACUGAUCCAAGUUGGACAGAAGGCAGCAAAUGCAUUGAAAGCAAAGCAUGGAACCAAUUAUAGAGUUGGAUCGAGUGCAGAUAUUUUAUAUGCCACAUCAGGGUCUUCAAGAGACUGGGCCCAGGAUAUCGGGAUCCCCUUCUCAUACACGUUUGAGCUGAGGGACAAUGGUACCUAUGGUUUUGUUCUGCCAGAAGCUCAGAUUCAGGCUACCUGCGAGGAAGCCAUGGAGGCUGUGCUUUCAGUCCUGGAUGACGUAUAUGAGAAAUACUGGCACUCAAACAGCGCUGAAAAGGCGACGUCUACUGCUGUGGUGCUGAGCUUGCUAAUGUCCUUCAUCUCUCUUCUCUAAGCGCAUCCUCCCCAGGGCCGCUCAGCCCCAGUGAUGUGGACAGGACCACAUGGAAGGUGUUUGUGGUUAUGGUGGAGCCAAAUAAUUUAACUAGAAAUACUUCCUAUUUCAAUAAAGAGGAAUCAUCUUUGUA